AUGGCCAAUAAGAAGAGACCCGGCUUGACACCUGCCUAUAUACAGAGGACGAGAGCAAAAUCUUCAGCACUGAUCUGUGCAAGGGGGGGUGGGGGGAGGAAAAAAAGAAAAGGGGGGGAAAGUCCAGGUCAGAUAAGUGGGGACGUUUGUACUAUAAAACCCCCAAAGACUAUGACUUCCAGUAAAAUUGAGAUGCCAGGAGAGGUGAAGGCAGACCCUGCAGCUCUGAUGGCAUCUCUGCAUCUGCUGCCUUCUCCCACUCUCAACCUUGAAAUCAAAUACACCAAGAUUUUCAUAAAUAAUGAGUGGCAAAAUUCUGAGAGUGGGAACGUAUUCCCAGUGUAUAAUCCAUCAACAGGAGAGCAGAUCUGUGAGAUCCAGGAAGCUGACAAGGUUGAUACGGACAAAGCAGUGAGGGCAGCUCGCCUUGCUUUCUCUCUAGGCUCGGUGUGGAGGAGAAUGGAUGCAUCGGAAAGAGGCCGUCUCUUGGAUAAACUAGCGGACUUGGUUGAAAGAGACAGAGCAAUUCUAGCUACCAUGGAAUCGCUGAAUAGUGGCAAACCCUUUCUGCAGGCUUUCUAUGUAGAUCUUCAGGGAGUCAUCAAAACGCUGAGGUAUUAUGCAGGUUGGGCAGACAAGAUUCAUGGAAUGACCAUUCCUGUGGAUGGAGAUUAUUUUACGUUUACAAGACAUGAACCCAUCGGAGUGUGUGGACAGAUCAUCCCUUGGAACUUCCCCCUGCUGAUGUUUGCAUGGAAGAUUGCCCCAGCUCUGUGCUGUGGCAAUACAGUAGUUAUUAAACCAGCAGAGCAAACACCACUCAGUGCGCUUUAUAUGGGAGCCCUCAUCAAGGAGGCUGGCUUUCCACCAGGAGUAAUCAAUAUUUUGCCAGGAUUUGGUCCAACUGCAGGCGCAGCAAUAGCUUCUCAUGUUGGCAUAGAUAAAAUUGCUUUUACUGGAUCUACUGAGGUUGGGAAGCUGAUUCAAGAAGCAGCUGGAAGGAGUAAUUUGAAGAGAGUAACUCUGGAGCUGGGAGGGAAGAGCCCCAACAUCAUUUUUGCAGAUGCUGAUUUGGACUAUGCUGUGGAACAAGCUCACCAGGGGGUCUUCUUCAAUCAAGGACAAUGUUGCACUGCAGGCUCGCGGAUUUACGUGGAAGAGUCGAUCUACGAGGAGUUUGUUAGAAGAAGUGUCGAACGUGCCAAGAGGAGAGUAGUGGGGAGUCCUUUUGACCCAACUACAGAACAAGGUCCCCAGAUUGAUAAGAAACAGUAUAACAAGAUCCUGGAACUUAUCCAAAGUGGCAUUACAGAAGGUGCAAAACUCGAAUGUGGAGGUAAAGGACUAGGAAGAAAGGGUUUCUUCAUUGAACCUACGGUGUUUUCCAAUGUAACAGAUGACAUGCGGAUUGCCAAGGAAGAGAUCUUUGGGCCUGUUCAAGAAAUACUGAGAUUUAAAACCAUGGAUGAAGUUAUAGAGAGAGCCAACAAUUCAGAUUUUGGACUGGUAGCUGCUGUCUUUACAAAUGACAUAAACAAGGCCCUGACAGUCUCAUCAGCAAUGCAAGCUGGAACCGUCUGGAUAAAUUGUUACAAUGCCUUAAAUGCCCAGAGUCCUUUUGGAGGGUUCAAAAUGUCUGGCAAUGGGAGAGAAAUGGGCGAAUGUGGAUUGAGAGAAUAUUCUGAAGUUAAAACUGUGACAAUAAAGAUUCCUCAAAAGAAUUCCUAA